UAAAACAACAAACCAAAAACAAAACUUCCCAUUUCAAACCACACUUUCUCGUCUCGACUCGACUCCCAUUCUCUCUCCUCACAAUCAACAACUAACACACAAACAAACCCCCAUAUGACAGGCCUUAUAAUGGUUACAAAAGGCGGAGGUUGCGGCGGAGGCGGUGGCGGUACAAAAAGUCCAGCACCAACAAAAGGAAUGACAGACGAGCAGAAUCAGCUGUCAUUAGUUGCAUUCCUCUUAGCAGCAUUGAGGAAAUCAAUGGUUUCUUGCCGCGUAGAUCGAAGAGAACAAGUUAUCUCAGCUGUUCAACAAAUGGAAAUUGGUUGGCCUACUAAUGUCAAACAUAUUACUCAUGUUACAUUUGAUCGUUUCCAGGGGUUUCUUGGUCUUCCUGUUGAGUUUGAAGUUGAAAUCCCUCGCAAAGUUCCCAGUGCUAGUGUGAGCGUAUUUGGUGUUUCAGCAGAAUCAAUGCAAUGUGCGUAUGAUACCAAAGGAAAUAGUGUCCCUUUUAUACUACUGCUAAUGCAAGAGAGGCUGUACUCACAGGAGGGUCUCAAGGCAGAAGGAAUCUUUCGUAUAAACCCAGAAAAUGGUCAAGAAGAACAAGUUAGAGAUGAGAUUAACCGGGGCAUUGUGCCAGAUGACAUAGAUGUGCAUUGUCUAGCUGGCUUAAUUAAGACCUGGUUUCGGGAGCUCCCUUCUGGAGUAUUGGAUGGUCUUUCACCGGAGCAAGUUCUUCAAUGUAACAGUGAACAAGAUUACUUCUUGCUGGUAAAACAGCUUAAACCUAUGGAAGCUGCACUUCUCAACUGGGCUAUUGAUCUUAUGGCUGAUGUGGUCGAGGAGGAGGAAUUCAACAAGAUGAAUGCCAGAAAUAUUGCAAUGGUUUUUGCUCCAAACAUGACUCAGAUGUCUGAUCCGCUUACAGCUCUAAUGCAUGCUGUUCAAGUCAUGAACUUGCUCAAAACCCUCAUAACUAAAACUCUAAGGGAACGUGAAGAGGUUGUUACUGAGGGUAACUAUUCACCUAUGUCAUCCCAUUCUUCAGGCCAGGAGAGUGAUGAGGAGUACAACAGCCAGCAGGAAAUGGAUACAAGUUGUGAGUCAAGAGGGCCUGGUUCUGAUUGUGAUGAAUCUGCUGAUUAUAAUCACAAUGAAGAGUAUGAACAUGAAGAUGAAGGUGAUUCCUUGAGAGAAAUAGGCGGUAAUACCUUGAGCGAAAUAGGUGGUGGUUCCUUGAGAGAAAUAGAAGAAUGUUUCCUGAGGCAAUUGGAUAGAAACAAGAUAAUUAGCAAUCGGCAGGAUGAGGCAGAAACAGUAAAUUCUGACAGUAAUUCUGACAGUGGUGAACGUAAUACAUUUGACUCAAAAAGCUUAUCAGAAAGAUACGAGAGUGUAAAAGACGUGGAGAUGGAUCAGCUAGUCGAGACUGCAUCAUCGAUGCCCUUGCUCGUGAACAGUUGACACGAGCAUAGACGACCCUCUAUACUGGUUAUGAUGGUAGUAGCCUUGAAACAUUUGUUUGACAUAUGUUGUUGUAUGUGCAUUGUUGUUGUGUUUGUAAAUUAGUUACCCUUACCGCGUUAGGAAGUUAGGAUUUCAUCGUGUCAAGGAGGAAAUAUUAGGACUGGUUUGCUUCAAGUAGUCAAGGUUCAAAGGUUCAGUUUGCCACUGACCUUGAUUUUCUAGGUUUUGACCAUUUUACUGGGUUGGAGUUUGUAGUACGUUAAGGACUGAAGACAUUCAAGUCACACUGUAACUUAAUUGUAUGGUUGUGUUGAAAUUAGUUUAAACA